CAGCACGCCGCAUGCGGCGUUAUUCUUCCAUUCUCACGUUAGACGGGAGGACACAUGAGUUUGACCUGACUCCGAAGCUCAAAGCAUCGGACUGCUAGCGCCCAGACAAAUCUCCGGUUCUAUCGUCUCAGGUACACCAUCACACGUGCAGCUGCACCGGCUCCCGCUUUCUCGAGCUACUACUUAAUAAGCGGAGAAGCUUCUAGUGCGUCUCAAACUCUCAGCGACACUCGAAUCACCGCGCUUCCACCAUCGCUGCGUAUCACAUUGCCUUGAGGGUCAAACCGGCUCUCUAACAGCGCUUUGACCUUAUCGAAUGCUCUCGUUCGUUUGAACCAGGAUUGUCUUGAGAUCUCAACGCGCUGCUCUUAGUUCAUUCCCAGCUGCAACUACGGCUACUUAUUUCCAUACGGACUCUCGGUGCACCCGGCCAGCCUCCCGGAUCCGUCUCCGGCCGAGUUCAUCUCAACCGACACCGGAUUCUCUGGCGUUCCCGCCUUCGGUCGUUCAAUCCCUGGGCCCUCAUCCACGCCUUUCGCACGUUUCGGAUCCCACCUCGGUCUUCUCAAACCACUAUACAACAACAGCAUGAGGGCUAGAUACAAGGGUCCGGGAGGCACCGGCGUCGUCUCCCUUGAGGAUACCGCCACCGUUGGUGAUCUUUUCAACGAAAUCAAAGACAAGACGGGAAUCGCAGACUUUAACCUCAAAUACGGAUGGCCUCUCCAAACCCUGACCCUCGGGCAGAAGGACGUCAAUGCCAAGGACUUAGGUUUAAAUGGACAGUCUUUCAGCAUUGAGCCCGCCCAGCCCCGAGCCAUCACCCCUCCGCCCGCCACUCUUCCCGUCGCCUCGCGAGGUGUGGAAGCUGGCGGUCCAGCAGUUAAGAAGGCCCGCCUCGACUCAGAUGCCGAUGCGACCCCAUCCGACAUCAGCAUCCCCUGGCCGGAGCGCGAGUCGACUUUGCUCCUUCGGGUCAUGCCGGACGAUAACAGCUGUCUCUUCACCGCCUUCGGCGGCGCCAUACCUGGCAAGCAGCUAGAAGCCAAAGAGCUCCGCAAGAUGGUCGCAGACUACAUCCGCCAGCACCCAGACGACUACCCCGAGGCCGUCCUCGACAUGCCAGUGGAGAAGUACAUCCGCACGAUCCAGGACCCCGAGCGCUGGGGCGGCGCCAUCGAGCUGGGCAUCUUCUCGGACCUUUUCGACCUCGAGAUAGUCGCUUUUGACGUCAAGUCUCAGAGCCCGCUCCGCUUCGGCGAGAACAAAGAUUCGCGCUGCAUACUCGUCUAUUCGGGUAUCCAUUACGACCGCAUCGCCUGUAGCCCGUCGGAGCCGCCUUACACUCACUCCGACCUGCCCCCUGAGCUCGACCGCACCAACUGGAGCACCUCAGACGACGAGAUCCUCGAUAAGACGCGCGCCCUCAUCCGCAAGCUGCACGAGAUGCACUAUUUCACCGACACCACCGAGUUUCUGCUGCGUUGCACCGUCCCGGGCUGCGAUUGGCUUGGCAGCGGUCAGAAUGAGGCCAACAAGCACGCCAAAGCGAGUGGUCACUCUGGUUUCAGUGAGAUCAAAGAUGAGCCUUCUGGUCAUGGUGCUGCCGGUGCCGCGGCCGGCUUCGGCGACAGCGCUCUUCGCAAGUGCAACGCUCCUGGUUGCGAGUGGUUAGGUACUGGUCUCACCGAGGCCAGCAUUCACACUGGCGAGACGGGACACACUUCGAUGGCUGAGAUUCCCGACUUUUGAUUCAAUAGAGAUCUUGGGAGAAUUACGACGCAUUUUGGGGUGGAGUUGGGUCCCAGGAUGCUUUGGUAGAGGACUUCAGGACCUAGUUAUGAUCAUGAUUUCAAACAGGAGCAGGCGAUAUCACCGGCCGUCACAGCCUAUCU